AUGGUGAUCAUGUUGGGGAUUCAAAUUGGAGACACUGGGCCUCCAAUGAUAUCUCGAGAGCUCACACUACCCAAUUUUGGUUUCAUCUCAUGUGUAUCUCCAAACGGACCUGUAGCAUAG